AGUUGUCAUUUCCAAAAAUAGAAACUGGUCGGUCGCCUGACAUGACUUUUGUAUGACACAUUUCGGAGAUUUACAUAGGCAAAUGAAUGAUAAAGUGAAGGUGUAAACAAACACACAUAGCUAAUCAUCACACCUGUGGUGCGUUUUCAGAUUUUCAUGAUUGAUGUUCUAGCUGUUCGAAGAUGGGACAAAUUUUGCAAUAUUUCUCGAGUGAACCACCAGUGUGUAAAAAUGAAGAGGAUUUACUAAAGUACGCCUGGAAGUCAGUGCGAUUAAAAUGUGUCGACACUCUUGUUAGAAAUGAAGUUACCUUGAAGAUGCGAGGAAUGUAUGGAUGUUCCGAGAACAAUGGAAUAAAGGUCCUAAAAGAAUAUACUCCCCUAGUUAUAGCAUGCAUGUAUAGGGAUUUGAAACUGGCCACUAAACUUAUAAAACUUGGGGCAGAUGUUAACCUAUGUCCCCAGGAAAACCGAUUUGCGUCUGAAGAGGGCGUUCCACCAUUGUAUUAUGCAACAAAUGCGCGAGAUGCUGAGAUGGUUAAAUUAUUGUUCAAUUCAGGGGCGGAUGUAAAUGGUCUCAAAGGUCGUCAGCAGUAUUUGAACCUCCAGGAACCAGUAACAGAACUAUACAGUAUCUUUGAUAUCAACCGAGGAACUUAUUCCAGGUCCGCUAAAAGCUGUAGUCGACCGCAAGCGUCUCUUCAAGAUCUCGUGGAACUUUAUCUAGAGGCCGGGGCAAAGUUGAACACAACACGAUGGGGGCCUUGUCUUUUUUAUGGGAGAGGGAGAGUCUUUAAGGCCAACUGCCCAACGACUUUGAAUAUUCCUGGACCAUAUUUUAAAUGUGACACGGCAAUUCUACUUCUACAGCACGGCGUGGAUCCUAACAUGUAUAACCUCAGCGAUGUCUGGUUCCAGUUUUCUGGACACAGUCGUUUUUGCUCGAAUAAUGAUUGUGUACAGUUUAGUACUUUAUUGGAAACGUUUUUGGGGGCUGGGUAUCAUUUAACUAGCGCCGACAUAAACAAUCAAUUCAUCAGAGAAAACCUGAAACGUAUUGACGUUAAUGUUGAAGAACCCGUCAGCUUGAAACAGAUGUGUAGGUCAGCAAUAAGAGAACGUUUAAGGAAAAGUUCUAAAGAUACAACGAUAUUUCCAGCUAUUGAUACCUUACACAUUCCAUCCCAGCUGAAAAAUUAUUUGAAACUCCGUGAUAUCAUCGACAUUUGUAGCUCAUCUAUCCAUUGUAGAGCUAAUUUUUGAAAACGCAAUGCAAUUUGUUUCUAAUUUCAAAAGGCGUAAAUAAAUAUUUCGUACCAGA